AUGUACAUUAUUUAUUUACCUUUAUUUCUUUUUUUAAAUCUAGUUAGCUGUGUUAAUUUUUAUUCUGGAAUCAACUUUAAUCUUAAUGACGUUCCUAAAGAUUUCCCUUUACUGGGAACAUUCUAUAAUAAAUUAUACUUUUAUUAUUUCAACAGCGUCGUAGAUAAUGGUGAUAAUAAAUUUGAUGACAGUUACAAACCCCUAGAUAGUAUCGCAGCCGGAUUGUCUCUAUACACAGAUCCCGUUUAUGAUUUAGAUAAGAUUCCACACUUAACGAAGAAUAAACACCUCUUGGGAACCCUGGAAUCAUGGUGUUAUUCUUUGACACUGUUUUUGUUUUACUCAAGGUAUGGAGUUGACGCCAAAUAUAAAGGUACAAACAUAUUCCCUUACCUGGUGGACCGAUGUAUGAACCUAAAUUACAACUUCACAAAUUACAAAGUAGAUAUGGACUUUGUGGACCUGUUGAUAAACACGGACACACAACUAGACGAUGUUUACUUGUUUGAGAAGUUUUCUAGAAUGUGCCCGCGUCCCUGCUACUUGAAUAAACAGGACGUGAGAGCGUGUAGCGCAUCGCCUAAUUUGAAGGAUCUGGACGUUUUAAACGAGUUCGUAUCCAAUCCGGGAUGUUACUUGAAUGAUUUCUUCCAAAAGUACUGCCUUUCGUACUCUGCCAUGAAGAGGAAAACAGUCGAUUCCUUCAAGUCACUUUUCAACCCUGACUCGAACAUAUUUAUGUACGCUGACAAGUGGUCUUAUUUGCACAUGCCAAAGCGAGUCGAACUCGAGCUGUCAAUGGAAAAUUUAUCGUACCUGCUGUUUUUGAAGAUGGUGAAGAACUGUGAAACUAAGAACUGCAAAGAAAUCCAGGAGUUGAUCUCAGCGGGCGCUCUCAAGAAUUUAAGCGUAAAGUUCGUGGCAGGCAGGAUCGAUUUGACCUCUCAAGACCCCGAGAAAAGAUUCAAUCUUUCUUUCGGACUGACAUUCAACGUUGACCAGUUUCGAGUAAACAACGUUAACCAAAUGUUCGACUUUUCAAUCAGGGACGUGGAUUUUGACGUCUAUUACGACGCUCUUCUGGGCUUUGAUCCCUCGGAUACAGCUAAUGGGAGCAACGACGGAGAAGUUAAGAACGGUGACAAGGCAGCCACUUUGAGGGAUCGGUACAACAAGUACAUGGAGCCGCGCCUAAACAAGUAUAAGAUUAAGCACGAGCCGAAUGGGAGUGACCAACCUGACCAGGUCCAAAACAAGUUCGAAUUUCUGAACAUGAAGGGGCUAGGCCAGCACAGAGAAGUGACUCUGUCCGCGACAGUGAGCACCUCCGUUUUCAAGAGGCUCAAGGCCCUCAACUCGCGCUACUACCUGAAACUCACACACAUGCUGGACACUGGCGUUUACAUAGACAACGACGAACUGCAGAACUCGUUUCACUUCGUGAGCCACGAACGCGAAAUAUUUACAAGGGGCCCUGACGCGAUGGUGGCUGGCGAUGACGGGACCGCCACAGUCAACCUAACCCUGCUCUCAACUCCGUUUGUGGACAUUGAGCAGCCUGAGAUGAACUCGUCUCCCGUCAUCUACCACGGGUACGUGGUCCUCGACGAGGCGGUUCUCGGCUUCAAGAGGCUGGCGGUCACCUACACCCUCACUCUGCACACCAGGUACAUGAAUAUGCACAAGAAGAUCACCCCUGAACUGGACAGGGUCGACAACCUCAGGCUUUUGAGGAGCCAGGUGAGCCGAGAGUAUGCCAUGGUCAUGGUGUCGCAGCCCACCCUGUACGCUCUGAACUCGUACUCCGCCUUCGAGUCCGUGCAUCUGGACCAGCCCUACUUGAAGAGCCUCCGCUUUCUCAGAAAGGCCUCCUUCAACACUUUUGCCGGCACUCAAGACUCGGCGAACGCUUCGGACCAUUUGGUCGUUGACGGAGCGACCGCCAAGUGGGUGCCGGUGCGUUUUACUGAUUGCAACAACUGCAACGUCUCUCUGAAGCUGUGCCAGGGGUACAGGACCGGCCUCGCCGCCUCCACCAGGGUCGUCAACACCUACUUCUGCAAUCCCAUCAUUCGCGAGAUGGGCGGCGACGUCGUCGAGGCUGGCUGCUACCUCGUGUUCUCGGUUCCCGUGGGCGACCAGUACGAGUACAAGUUCGUCAGCAACGUCACGUUCUCCGUGAUUUCCAUCUCCUGCCUCGUGUCUGCGGUGAUGGUUUUCAAGUACAUGGACAAGAUGGGUCACAGGAUCGGCCAUAAACACAAGUCUAAGUAG